AUUUUUGAUUGCAAGUUCGUUCUACCCAGCUCAUCAUAUUAUCGCACUGCAGCUCGUGUACCGAGUCUCACUUCACUUUGUGCCAUACUCGCAGCUAGCAGCAUAACAAGCAAAGUAUGAAGCUUGACGCAACAGAUCUGCGAUACAUCACCUCGGAUGAAUUUCGGGUACUGACUUCGGUGGAAAUUGGAUCGAAGAACCAUGAAGUCGUCCCAACUCCACUCAUCGUACAAAUCUCUGGCCUUCGGAAUGGAGGCGUUAACAAGCUUAUCGGGAGUUUGGCGAAACGCAAUUUAGUUGCCAAAGUGCAGAACUCCAAGUAUGAUGGCUAUAGGCUAACGUAUGGCGGAUAUGAUUAUUUGGCCAUGCGUGCAUUAUCCAAGCGAGACUCGAUGCACUCUGUUGGAAACCAGAUUGGUGUCGGGAAGGAGGCUGAUGUAUAUAUAGUCGCAGACGCGGAGGGCAAUGAAUUAGUUCUUAAACUGCACAGGCUAGGCCGUAUUUCAUUUCGUGCCAUCAAGGAAAAAAGAGAUUACAUGGGAAAGCGCAAGUCGGCAUCGUGGAUGUAUAUGUCGCGACUAGCGGCGCAGAAAGAAUGGGCUUUUAUGAAAAUCCUUCACGAACAUGAUUUCCCGGUCCCCAGGCCUGUUGAUCAAGCCAGGCAUUGCAUUCUUAUGGAAGCGAUCGAUGCAUACCCGUUACGACAGAUCGCUGACGUUCCGUCGCCGGGCAAGUUAUACUCGGCGUUAAUGGACAUCAUUGUGCGAUUUGCACGGGCGGGGCUCAUUCAUGGCGAUUAUAAUGAAUUCAAUAUUCUGAUUCGACGAGAGAGUGGUGAACCUGUGGUUAUUGAUUUCCCGCAGAUGGUCAGCACGUCGCACGAAAACGCUGAAUGGUACUUCAAUCGCGAUGUGGAAUGUAUACGUACCUUCUUCCGCCGGCGUUUUAAGUACGAAAGUGCAUUGUACCCCAAGUUCAAGACUGUUAAAGCCGAAUCAAAUGGUGAACAUGAUGGUUUCCGAUUGGAUGUAAUGGUUGCAGCUAGCGGUUUUGCGAAGAAGGACCAAAAGACAUUAGAAGAGUAUAUGGAAGUUGUCCAAGCAAAUGAGCUUCAGGAUGGCGCAGAUCAAAACAGCUCCGAUGAAGAGGAAGAGGAGGAAGAGGAGGAAGAAAAUGACGAAAGCGAAGGUGGCGACAUUCUGGAUAGCCAUGAGGAUAACGUCCAGGUUGAAACCGGUGAUGGGCACAGUGAAUCGGAGACGCAAGAGCACACAGACCUGCAAAACUUUUCGAACACCGAAGUGCCAUCGUGUUCACAACCUGGGCCGAGCGCCGACCCAUUCGGUUCCCCUGAGCCAAUCUCCCGGCCUAGCAGCCGCAUGUCUCAGCUGUCAAGGUCACCUCCACGUUCCCGCUCGCCUUCGCCUGAUACAUUGGCAAAAAUGGCUGCUUCUCUAAGCCUGCAGGACGCUGCUUUCCGGGACAGAGUCGCAUCUGACCUUGCAAAACGUUCGCGCCAGCAAAGAAAGUACCACACAAAACGUGGUGCACAGAGAGCUGGACGGCCGCAAGGAAGCAAAGCAAAGCAGGACACAAGGGUCAAAAUUGACAAAAGCGGAAUAUGGGAGUAACUCCGAGUUUAAACGCAAGAUCUAAACCUGUUCGGAUGCUUAUCAUAAUAGGGUCGUUCACUUUCGAAAUUCCGGAUCGUCGCAGCUCAUAAUGGGAAGAAGCCCCUCGCCCGCUAGGACAGUGACACGAGGGGGGCGAUACUGCUGUAAGAACUUACCUAGUGAUCUUGGCGUUGAAAUUUUCUUGUCGGAACUUGGGGAAUGAUUAAUGAUGAGUGCCGUUCGUGCGUCCAUGGAAACGUUUGUGGCACGCAGUCACCAUCGCAAAGUCGAAAGUGUAAUAUUUGGGGACUUGGGUACUUUCGGACGUGUUCUGCCUGUCGUUCCUUGAGAAUGCAGGGGGCAUUGCAAUACAAAACUUUGAAUCGA